GACGUCAAGAGAGUCAUGAAAAAGUUUCAACCUUACGAGAACAGUUGGUGACUUUCUUAGAACAAACAGGAACUUUCUUCAUCGAAUUUGAUCAAGCAUGUGAUUUACUAAUGAAACUUUCUACUUUUUUGUCUCAAACUGAAAAUAGGUUCCAAGAUCUCCAAGAAGCUUACGCUAAUCUGUAUCAAGAUUUCCUUCAAGUUCAGCAAGAAAGAGAUCUUCUCCAAACAAAUUCUCAAAUACAA